GCAAGCAAUACGCGAGGAUAAACUGGUUGUGUGUUGCUCUACAUACAUCCUUACAUAACUAAAUCAAGGCGUUUGCGUUUCGAUCGAGCUUCAUAUCAUUUAUUGGUACACAGCAGGAAAGACGUGAUUUUGAUAAACAAAAAAGAAGAAUUGGUGCUGCUCUCGAAAAUAAGAUGAGACUCAAGACAACAUUUUUACUCCUGGCUCUAGCAAUAUGUAGUACAAGUUCUCACGCACAAAGAAAGAAUAUAGGUACCCUGUACCGAUGGAAACAAAUUGACUUCGAUUUUCCAACACCUCAACAUCGUGAAUUGGCUAUUCAGAAUGGUCAAUUCAAUCAGAUUAAUGUUAUACCCCUGGGAGUGGAACGAUGGAAAAAUCGCGUAUUCGUAAGCACACCGAGGUGGAAGAAAGGUGUUCCAGCGACGUUAUCCGCUUUGCCUGUUGCAGCCCAAGAGGAAUCCCCAUUGCUCUCACCUUUCCCAAAUUGGGACUGGCACAAUGCAGGUAACUGCACGGGAUUCACAUCAAUAUUCAGAAUGAGUAUUGAUCACUGUGGAGUAAUGUGGGCCCUUGACUCUGGUCAAGUCGAGGCCUUCGAAACACCAAGGCAGCUAUGUCCACCAACACUUUUUGCUAUAAGUCUGGAAACAGAUAGAGUUCUCGGCCGUUUUCCUAUUCCAAGCGAAUAUGUUUUACAAAAUUCUCUUAUUACCAACCUCGUCGUUGACUCGAGAGACGCUCAAUGUAGAGAUCUACAUGUUUAUAUUGCCGACGCAUGGCGAUUUGGAUUAAUCGUAUUUAGAGAUGCUGAUUCGUCAUUCUGGAGGUUUAGUCAUUAUACGUUUUAUCCAGAACCAUUGCUAUCAAAUUACACGCUCCAUGGAUUAAAUUAUCAAUGGUCAGAUGGUUUAUUUGGUAUGUCAUUGGGGCAAUACCAUCUUGGCGAUCGUCCCCUUUACUAUCAUUCCAUGUCUAGUUCUCUAGAAUUUUCUGUUAAAACAUCAGUAAUACGAGAUCCUUCACGAGUUAACAAUGCUGUAGAUGAAUUUAAACUGCUUGGCGAGAGUCGUGGUCUGAGAGGACAGGUUUCCGCCGCAGCCAUAGACCGCAACGGCAUCAUGUUCUUUAACCUUAUAUCACUUGACAGUAUCGGGUGUUGGGACACACGCAAAGAAUACAAAAACAAAAAUUUGGAUAUCGUAGCGCAAAAUAAUGAGACGAUCGUGUUUCCUAACGAUUUACGGAUUGAUCAUGAAGUGCCGCAAAUUGUGUGGAUUAUAACGAACAGAUUACCGAUGUAUCAAUUUAAUUUAAUAAAUCCAAAUGAAUAUAAUUACAGAAUUAUGUAUAUAGAUCCAAAAACUGCUUUAGAAAAUACAGUAUGUCAACCAUAAUUUCUA